AUGGCACAGGCAAAUUUGCGACCUGGAGAUAUCAGCUAUCCUGGAUCCGAAUCGUACCGUACAGUACGGUUACGACACGUUUCGGUCACGGUACGAUCUGUACUCGUACCGGACUUUGAGACACCAAAUACGGCUCGUAUAAAACGGGCCGUAUCCCGUAUCCUAUUAGGCCAAAUACGGCCGUAUACGGCCGUAUACAGAACCCGUACAGAGUACGGUCGUACCCGUAUACGUGGCAUAUACACUCAGGUCGAUUCCUAUGAUAUAUGGGACACUUCUCAUGAUGCUCGCACUUUAAAAAGCAGCGGAGUACUGGAAAGAUUCCGGCUUGUCCGAGUUCUCAUUCAGGAUCAAGCAAUGUAUUUCAUUCUAGCUCAAGUUACAGAUCAACAGCAAGUUUCUGGUGGACUUCAUCAAGCAAGCUGGAAACCCGUUGUUCUUGAGCAUAUUAGGAAGCAGACGUUGAUCAACUUGAAGGAGGCCAGAAAAGAGAGUACUUGGGGCACUCCCGCUACGCUUGUUAAAAGAAUCCUUUCCCUAUCUCUGUCUAUAUUUGCCCUGGCAUCGCUACCAUUGCACAAGCGUGCAUUUGGAGUCACUACGGAUGCCAGCUCUGCGAAUGGUCAAACUUUUGACUACAUUAUCGUCGGAGGUGGACUCGCAGGGCUCACUGUUGCUGGACGUCUCUCUGAGGACUCCGCGAAAACCGUGCUCGUCAUUGAAGCUGGGAACGACGACAGAACAAACAAGAGCGUAUAUGACGUUACACAAUAUGGGACUGCGUUUGGUUCAAGCCUGACAUGGACUUGGGAAACGGACUUGGGUAGGGACAUCUUAGGGUCAGUAUCUGAUUCUUUUGACUUGAUCGGAGGGAGUAGCUCUAUUAAUGGGGCCGUAUGGACUCGGGGUAUGAAGGAGCAAUACGACGCAUUCGCGCAGCUUCUGGGCGAAGAAGACGCGAGCUUGAACUGGAACUUCGACUCCCUGUUUGAAUAUAUGAAGAAGUCGGAAUCGUUCACACCUCCCGACGAUGCUCAACGCGCAAAGGGUGCAAACAGUGUCAAUAAGUUCCAUGGCUUUGUAGGGCCUGUUCAUGCUGCUUUCCCGCAAGCCAUGUUUGGAGGUCCUCAACAACCUGCAUUUGUCGAUGCUGUGCGCAACUUGUCCGGAAUCAAGCUUUGUCCGGACGUGAAUGGUGGAAAUAUCAAUUGUGUGAGCUACACGCCUAAUUCGAUAAAUCCGAACGAUUAUGAUCACCGCUCCUCCUCCGCCACGGCGUAUCUCUCGCCAGUUGAAAAUGAGCGAACGAAUUGGAUAACUCUCAUUAAUCACCAGGUGACCAACGUGAUCCUUUCCGGAUCAGUGCCGAACGUGACCGCUACGGGCGUGCAUUUCAAGAAGUCUGAUAACACUGGCGACGUUUUUACAGUAACUGCACGUUUGGAAGUCAUACUUUCAGCUGGUACAAUUGGUACACCGCAAUUACUUCAGAUAUCCGGUAUUGGCGACCCGUCUGUCCUGAGUCCACUCGGCGUCGAAGUCAGGGUGAAUCUUUCGACUGUCGGCAAAAACCUCAUGGAGCGAACAAAGAGUAACCUCGGACAGUCCACUCAGCCUACAUUCGACGAGGAUGGGCUUGGUCCGUCCGAUUGUAUCGCCUACCCAUCGCUAAAAGAACUCUUCUCCGAAAAUGCCGGUUCAAAUGGGAGCGUGACGGGGAACGAGAUAGCAGACCAUAUCAUGAGCUCAUAUGAAUCGUGGGCGGAGAGUCAGGCGGAAUACGGGUUAAAUGCAGACGCUCUCAAGACAAUAUUCGGCAUACAAGCCGGAUUGAUCGUUAAUACCAGUGCGCCCGUUGCUGAGCUUCUGUUCUUCACCGAUGGCGACACUGGUCUUGGUAUCAGCAUGUGGCAGCUUGUUCCUUUCAGCCGCGGAAGGGUCACAAUUAACGGCACAAGCAUCUUUUCAAAACCAGUUAUAACCGUAAACUGGUUCAGCGUCGAUGUUGACCUGAUCAUACAGACUGCGGCAACUCGCCUAUCCCGCAAAGUCCUUAACUAUACUUCGUUUGAUACAAUCACAUCUGGCGAAAUAGUGCCUGGGCUUGGUGUAGUACCAAAUGAUGGGAACGGUGGAGCGGACGACGCAUGGGUCGCUUGGAUUCAAGCUCCGGCACCCAACGGGUUUUCUGCAGUUUGGCAUGAGAUAGGUACGGCGGCGAUGAUGCGACGUGAUUUGGGCGGUGUCGUAGACGGAAAGUUACGCGUAUAUGACACAAAGAACCUACGAGUUGUCGAUGCGAGCGUACUUCCUCUUCACGUCAGUGCACACUUGAGUAGCACCCUGUAUGGAGUUGCGGAGAAGGCAGCGGACAUUAUCAAGUCCGGCGUGUAA